UGGUUGCAGAAUGACUUGUCUAACACUCGUCUGUGAGGCAAGACUUCCUAAACACAGUGCGGUCACAGCUUUGUUAAUACUGAGAGCGGAUACAAAAGGUUUCAGUUUGUUGUGCUCGUCAUUUGUAGAAGGAACCUGCAACCAGGUUUAAGUCUGUCUGUAACACACCAAGUUAUCAGUGAUCUCAUCAUCUGGUGCUACUUCCUGCCUCUGUUGUCAUGGUGACUCUAGGAGGCCCAGAGGACUGAAUAUAGGGCUAAUGAAGAAAACUUCAAAGUACACGCAACCUACCACCCAACAGUGUCCAUAAAAAAAUAAAUAUAUAACGAUAAGAGAGACACAGCGAAGCAUGGAGGAGGAGGAGGACGGGGUGAAUGGCUUUGGACGGAGCCCAGAGAGGAGGGGCUCUGACUGGGGCCGCAUUGCCCUGCUGGACAAGACAAAGGAGUUCUUCCAGACCUGUGAUGUGGAGGGAAAAGGCUUCAUCACUCGCACUGAUAUGAGGAGGCUCCACAGAGAGCUGCCUCUGUCCGCAAAGGAGCUGGAAGACGUGUUUGACUCUCUGGAUACAGACCACACGGGUUACCUCACACUGGAGGCAUUCACCUCUGGAUUCAGUCAGUUCUUGCAUGGUCGAAGGAUCUCUGUGACUGAUGACCAAAAUCAGGCCGCUGGCCCAGUCUUCAGGGCUAAGGAAGCCCUUUAUCAGAGCCAAUGGGAAGCCAAGCUGUCAGGAGUUGAGAAUGAGGAGGAGAGGCACUUCUGCAUGCUGCUGGAAAGCCUGGGAGCCAGUAAUGUAUUUGAAGAUCCAGACGAGGUGCGCAGCCUUUGGAUCCAGCUCAGACGUGAUGAGCCUUACCUCUUGUCCAAUUUUGAGGAAUUUCUGGCCAGGGUCACCCACCAAAUCAAGGAAGCUCAUCAGGAAAAGAAGGAGAUGGAGAGCGCCCUCCAGAGGAAGGCAGCAACACAUGACAGUGAGAUCCGGUAUUUAUAUGAAGAGAUGGAGGCACAGAUCAAAAAUGAGAAAGAACGACUGCUGCUAAAGGACUCUGAGCGGCUUCAGUUGCGCAGCCAGGACCUGGAGCACCAGCUUCUUACGAAGGAGAAAGAUUUGGAGCAGCUUUUCCAGAAGCAGAAACGGUUAGAGCACCAGUGCUCUGAGCUGAGCAGUGAGAAGCAGGAGAGCCACGUAGAGAACGUCAAACUGAAAAUGACCAACAAUGAGUUGUCCAGAGCGCUGGAGAGCACCAGCCAGGAGCUGGUGCUGGCCCAGGAACAGCUGGCUAUGCUGCAGGAACAGGCCUCCCGGCUACAACGGGAGAAAGAAAUGGAAAUGUACCGAGUAACUGAAGGACUGCAGAGGGAAAAGCAAAGUCUAAUGAAGCAGCUUGACCUCCUCAGAGAGAUGAACAAGCAUUUAAAGGAUGAGCGAGACUUGUGCUGUGGUGUACCUCGAACAUCACUCAGAAAGAAGCAGAAACAGAGAGCGGGCCUCGGCAAUAUAUUUGAUGACAGCAGCCAGCCAGCAAAAAGUGAAGAUGACACCACCACUGCCACCCCUGCUCCCUCCACCACAGCUGCUAGCAGCCCUGUGUGCCAACAAAGGCCUUCAGCGAAUAGGAACUCUGGCUUAGCCAACGGUCACAUCAGCCCCGCUCUGCCUAAAGUGCAUGACGUGAAGACAAAGGCCAAAAGGCUGUCCACCAAAAUAGCCGCCAGCAAGAGGGUGUUGGGGAGAAGCAGAGACAAAUCAAAGAAAGUCGAAAUUGAUAAGAAGGUGGCAGAAGAGGAGGAGGUGUUAGAUGCCCCGCCAGACGGGUGGCCCCUCCGCAGAGUCAUCUCCAUAGAAGAGGACCACCUGCCCCACCUGCUCCAAGGAGGAUCUCAGCCCUUACUGCACCAGCUCAGCGAGGAGGAAGACGAGAGGGAUGAGGAGGAAGAAGACGACAGAAGGAGCGGCCUCAGUGCUUCCCCACGUUACAUCUCAGUGUCAAAAGAAGCUCCUCCUGCAAGGAAAUCCUACUUUACUCAAUCGAAGAAGACCCCACCUGUAUCUCCAAGAGGACAGCCUGUGGGAAAGGAGACCUCACAGAAGGUGAAAGAACUGUUUGCCCCAGACCGCCUGUUUAAAGUGGUCCUGGUUGGAAAUUCCAGCGUUGGGAAAACAUCCCUGCUGCGCUCCUUCUGUGAGGGCCGUUUCCACCCUUCCACAACUGCUACUGUGGGUAUUGACUACAGUGUGAAGACAUUAACAUUGGACAAUAUGCAGGUAGCCAUGCAGCUUUGGGACACCGCAGGCCAAGAGAGGUACCGCAGCAUAACCAAGCAGUUCUUUCGCAAGGCAGAUGGUGUGGUGGUGAUGUAUGAUGUUACAGUGGAGGAGAGCUUCAAGGCUGUGCGGCCCUGGCUCACCAAUGUUCAGGAAGCAGCAGGAGAAGGGAUCCAUAUUCUCUUGCUAGGUAACAAAAUGGACAUGAACGAAGACAGGGAGGUGUCAUUUAAAGAAGCUGAGCAACUUGCUUAUGAAAACAAGGUGAUGUUCUCGGAGGUCAGUGCCUACACGGGAAAGAAUGUGACAGAGUCCCUGACUCACCUGGCCAGAGUGUUAAUGGAGCAGGAGGACACGGUGAGAGAUACAACAGUCAUACUCAGCACUCAGCCUGUGAAGAAGAAAGCCUGCUGCAAGUGAAGACUCAAGCUAACACAAAGAAAACCUAAAACCAUAGGGGGAAAAAUCUUUGUACUG